UCGUCUUUUCUCUGGUAUGGCUGAUGCGAAGUAUCCAGACACGAUUGCCUUGACUUUUGACCCCACCAACCAGUGGCUUUCCUGCGUAUACAAUGACCACAGCCUGUAUGUGUGGGAUGUCAAAGACCCGAAGAAAGUGGGCAAGGUGUACUCUGCUUUGUACCACUCUUCCUGCGUGUGGAACAUUGAGAUGUAUCCGGAGGUGAAGGACAACAAUCAGUCUUGCCUCCCCCCUGGUUCCUUCAUCACCUGCUCCUCUGACAACACCAUUCGUCUGUGGAACACUGAGAGCUCCAACAUUCAUGGCACAGCCCUGCACCGCAACAUCCUCAGCAAUGACUUGAUGAAAAUCAUCUAUGUAGAUGACAACACUCAGGUACUUCUGGACACGGAUUACAACUCAGAAGGAAGUGCAGACAAAGCUGAUGCACAAGUGAUGGAUACGAAGGUGGGGAUACGCACCGUCUGUGUGAGUCCCAGUGGGGAGCACCUGGCCUCGGGGGACAGGAUAGGCACUCUCAGGAUAUAUGAGUUGCAGUCUCUGAGGGAAAUGCUGAAGGUGGAAGCCCAUGACUCUGAGAUCCUAUGUCUGGAGUACUCCAAACCUGACACAGGCUUAAAGCUCUUAGCCUCAGCCAGUCGGGAUAGGCUGAUUCAUGUCUUGGAUGCUGGAAAGGACUACAGUCUGCAGCAGACCCUGGAUGAGCAUUCUUCUUCCAUCACUGCUGUCAAGUUUGCAGCCAAUGAUGGGAAGGUGCGAAUGAUAAGCUGUGGGGCAGACAAGAGCAUCUAUUUCCGCACUGCCCAGAAGACAGGAGAAGGGGUUCAGUUUACCCGAACACAUCACAUUGUUAGGAAGACCACUCUGUAUGACAUGGAUGUGGACCCCAGCUGGAAAUACGCAGCUAUUGGAUGCCAAGAUCGUAACAUCAGGGUUUUCAAUAUAAGCAGUGGGAAGCAGAAGAAGCUUUAUAAGGGAUCCCAAGGUGAAGAUGGCACCCUCAUCAAAGUGCAAACAGAUCCUUCUGGUCUUUACAUUGCAACCAGCUGUUCUGACAAGAACCUCUCCAUCUUUGAUUUCUAUUCUGGCGAGUGUGUUGCAACCAUGUACGGACAUUCAGAGAUUGUAACCGGGAUGAAAUUCAGUAAUGACUGCAAGCAUCUGAUCUCUGUUUCUGGUGACAGCUGUAUCUUCAUCUGGCGUCUGAGCUCAGAGAUGACCAUCAACAUGCGGCAGCGACUGUCUGACAUGAAACAGAGAGGGAAGCAGGCAGAAAAGUCUCCUCCGCACAAGACUGCUGGACUCAUGAGGCGUGAGUCCAUCUCUGCCCUGUCCUCUGCACCUGCACUCUCAUCAGACAGCGACAAGGAUGGUGAAGAUGAAGGGAAUGAUGAAGAUGAGCUCCGUGGGCUGCAGUCGUUCCAUGUUCAGUCCAACUGCAACACUGACAGAGACUCAGAUCCAGACCUUACCCUUUCAAGAAGCCUUUCCCACUGGGAAAUGAGGAGGGCCAAAGAGAUAGCAGCAAUCCAGCGCUCGGAGGCACCGAUGAGCAAGAUGCCCCGGCAGCGCGGGCGCUGGUCCCAGCCAACCAGCAACAUAGAGAUGACGGUGAAAUCCAUGCUUGACUUGCGUCAGUUGGAGUCCUUCUCCGUUUCCCGUUCUCCAAGUCGGGACUCGCUGUCUCAGAACAGCAAUGGGGAUGACAGAGAGGAGCAGGCAGAUCUUCCUGUGCACAUCAACAAAGUUGGCAGCUCAGUACCUCCCCAAGACAACCGGUCUUGUGUGCGACCCCAAGUGAUUCGGCUUGUGUCUUGUGAGGAGGGGAUUUUCUCUCAGGAACUGGAACCUUCUGAGAGUGAGGAAUGUGUAAUCUACCCCGAGCAAGACGAAAUCCAUCCCACAGACCCUAGCAGUGAGUUCCAGGUAAAAGCACUGCCCCACGGGAAGCUAAAUAGAGGUUAUCACAGUAAUGGAUGCCCGGACAAGCACAGUCCUGACAGUGCCUGCUCUGUAGAUUACAGCAGCAGUCGUCUGUCCAGCCCAGACCAUCCAAAUGAAGAUUCCGAAAGCACUGAGCCGCUCAGUGUGGACGGCAUCUCAGACCUGGAGGGAGAGGAAGGAGAGGAGGAUGUGAGUACUAGCAUGCCAGAGGGAGAAAUACCCCAGAUACCUGAUCAGGAGAAGUUCCUCAAGGAGCAUUUUGGGACCCUGGGCAGCACUGAUGGAAAAGGUGGCUCAUGUAGGAAUCUGGAAAGAAGUGAAAACCUCAGCAUUUCCUCUCGCUUUCUUUCCCAGUCCCCGGCUCUCAGACGAUUGUCGCUCUCUUCGUCGAAUCUGAUACUGGAUUCAAAGCCCAUCGAGCUGCCAACCCAGACCAAUCAUUUUACACCAGAAAACUUGUUGAAAAAUGGCAGCAGCCACCCUGGUGAUGCUUUGGAGAACAACCAGCUGUCGGAGAGUGUAAACUCAAAUCGGGCUGUUUAUGGCCAGAAAAAACGGAGGUCAGCUUUGGAGGCCAGCAGAGCUGGUAUGGCUCCUGGACGGGUUAUUGCAGCCUUUCCAGAAGGCCCUGUGAAUGCAGUGAUGAGAAAGGCACAGUCAGUUCAUGACCUCGUUCAUGAGGAUAAGGGUCCUGGAGUGAUAUCCUCUGCCAAGCAGCGUCCUCAGACUCUUUUGGUGGUUGAGAAGGAUCCCAGACCUAACAAUUGCAGGGUGUUAUCAGCCAGUAUGUUGAAGAUGGAUGGAUCUGGUGCUCUGCUGGCCAAAGAUGUCAGGACUGCAAAACCCAAGUCCUACAUGAACCCCACAACCAGCUUCCGGGCUAAGAUGUCAAGGAGCAUAUCUGUAGGGGAAAAUCUGUACCUUGGUUGCUCCACCGAAAUGCUGGCGGAUGGGAGGACUAGCCCUCCAGUGGCAGAGAAGGCACAGCUUAGUUCCACAGCAGAUGCUGAGAAGACGAAGCUACCAGUGAAAGAAACUCUUCCAGUGAAGCCAGCACUUCAGCCAGUUGUGAACUGCUCAUCUCCCAAGUCCUUCCACAGCAAAUUGGCAUCAUCAAACCGAGCACAUCUGAUUCUUGACAUUCCCAAGCCAUUGCCUGAUAGACCCACGCUGGCCUCCUUCUCACCCACUACUAAAACAAAAACCCUGCUUGAGCCACAGUCUCCACAGUCACCUGCUGGGGCCUGUAAAAAGAAACCCUCUUUUCCUGAGGUCCGAGCCUCCAAGAAGGAGAACCAAACUGCUGGGCCUCUGGUUCCUGGUAGAGAGGUCUCAACAGGACCUACUAAGGAGAGCCCAGUAGAGAGUCCAGCCUCAAGGACAGGUUGCCAGGAUGAGCCAGGGAUCACUAACCCAAAACUGAGGGAGCUGUCAGAGGGCCAGCACCCAAAAUCUGCUGAGGGCACACUGCCCAGGAACAGGGAGAGGAUCACCGGCAUCGCCUGUGUGCUGGACAACCAGCCUGGACUGUGCCCACUAAACCCCAUCAGGCCGAGGUCUCCUACACCUGUAACUGCCUCGGCACAGGUCUCAGGUGUGCAUGGAUACCCAUCUCUUAUCUUCCCCCUUCUGUCUCCUGUCUUUGUGAACCGCCUCACGAUCCCAUCACAUUUCUUUACGUCCAGCUUCUGGCCUGUCUCGUCCUGUCUGCACCUGUCUCGUUCCAUAAGCCAUACCCUCAAUGGAUCAUGCAUCAGUGUAGAGCAGUGUGAGCACGUGGUAUCAGAGCUCCAGGACAGCAUGCGCAAAGCCAUUCAUCUCUACCGCAUGGUGUUAAAUGAUACAGAGUCUUCUACUGACAAAGAUAAAAUAGCAGGCCUCCUGACAGAAACAUUCUCCUCAUUGAAGAAAGAACUGGACUCUCUGAAGGAAGAGGAAGAGCUUCCAAAGGUUAAGGAGGUACUGACGAAGCCACAAGAUACCACUAGCCCACCAAGUGAGGGAUGUGGUGCCAAUCUACCAAGUCCUAAGAGUUUGGGAGAUCAGCAGACACUAGCUUUGCUGGAACAGUACUCAGAGCUGUUGCUACAAGCUGUGGAACGACGCAUGGACAAAAAGCUCUAG